AUGGCAGCAAUAAGACAUACAUUACAAAGAGAGGUGUUUACACCUAGUGAUGAGAAAUUAUUGAGUGUAUGUUAUGUCAGUAAGGCAUAUAAGAAGAAAAAAAUGAGCUUUUUAUGCUUGACCACAACUCCAGAUUCACCUUCAUCUUUACUUCUGUAUCAAGUAAAAAAGAAUGAUAAAAAUAUAUUUAAGAAAAAGCAGUCUUGGUCUUUAAAUGAUAUUCAAGUUGUGGAUGGAGUCAAGAAUGAUUCUAUGGAUAUAGAAUUUCAUAUUGAUAAAGUAUAUAAAUGGUCCGCAACAACAGCUCAAGAAAGAAGAACAUUUAUUAGUAAUUUGUAUACUUAUUCCUGUAAUUUAGCUCAAAGACCACAGUUUAAAAAUAUUUCUAAAGAAUGGCUGAUAGAUCCUAGUUCAUUGAAAGAAAGUGACAGUAUUACUUUUACACCAGAACUGUUAACAUCUCCUAUCUCAUCUGAUUAUCAGCCUAUUACUGAAAAAGAAGCUGCUGAUUUGAAACAAAUGAUGGUAGACUGUGAAUAUGCAGUCUCUAAUGCUGAACUCUUCAUGGAAACACUGUCUAAAGAUCUUUCAAUUCUUGAUGGGGAAAAUGUACAGUCAGUCUUAGCAUCAGAAGCACGUGUAACUCAAUUGAUGAAUAGUAUAGAAGCAGCAAUAACCGAAGCUUCUAUUGUUGAAGCUAGACUCGCAGCUUAUGAUGAAGCGCUUGGUAGGAUUAGAGAAGUCAUGGCACGUGUUGGUCAGAAAAAUCAAGCAAUUCAUACAGCCAAUAAUAACGCGAGACUUUUAUUAAAUCAGUUGAAUACAGUCAUUUCACAAUUAGAUAUUUCCCCAACUCAUCAACGUAUUUUGAGUGAAGCUGAGCUUCCUGGAGAGAAGGAAGAUCUUAUCCAGGCAGGUGGUGCUCUUUUGAAAGCAAUAACAGCUCCUUUACCAUCAGGGCUUGAUAAGUUGAGUGCAGUUACAGAACAGAAAAGGCGUCUCGAUAAACUUCGAGCAAAAUUUUCUGCGAUCGUGGCUAGACAUCUAAAUAAUCUGUUUAUACAUUUGGGUAAUGAUGUUGGAGAUAUGUCAAUGUCAAUGACGGACUUAAUGCUUCCGACACAUCAAGCAGUUCAUCAUGAACUUGAACCAUAUACAGAGUUAAUGCAGUUAUUAAGAGCAUUAGAUAAUAGGGCUUUCGUACAAUUAACUAAAGUGUACACUGAUACAAUGAGUAAACUGUAUAAAAGAGAUUUGAAAAGAUUUUUUGAAGAAGCAAAAAAUAAACUGAUUGGGAAACGUCUUCAAGCAAGUACAUCAAAGUCUAGUGGCCAAAAACCAGAGGAUAUAUUGAAUCCUGCGCCUAUCUGCUUAUUAAGCGGUGAAACAUGGGCACCUGUAGGUGAAGGAAAUCUUUUGGACUCUGUUCUCGACUGCGUGCUUUCUCAAAUGCAGCCUGUGUGUCUUGCUGAACAAGCUUUUUGCAUAUCGUUUUUGCAGUUAGACUCUGUUCUGUCUCCAUCAAAAAGCAGUGAAAUUGAGGAAACAGACAACGUUAGCAAUGGUGCUGCAAGUCCUGGAUCAGUGACUUCUACAGCAAGUAAAAAAUUGGAGAGACAAGUAAAUGAAGAGGUGCGGGCGACAAUGGCGGCAAUAUUCCCGUCUCUAGAGAUCGAAUUAAAUAAUUUCAUUGCUUUCUUGGAUAAAAUUGAUAGCUUUUGGUGUAUGUACGUCUUAGUACGUUUGUCGCAACACGUCAUGUCUGCACAAGAUACUGGUUCCUUCUUGUCCAUGACGUUUGCUUCUGCUUUAAUCCAAGUUAAAAGGGCAUUUGAUAAAUUCAUGCAAGCACAGUUACAGUCAAUUCUUUGCGAUACUAAAAUUAAUCGCAAGAACAAGUGUGGUAUUUUACCAUACGUAGAACAUUUUGAACCAUUCGCAAGAACGGUUGAAAAAAUUUUUAAAAAUUCCGACAGGAAAGUUGAUCUUGAAAAGUGGUAUACUAAAUUAGUGAGUACAAUGUUCGAGGCCAUUGUUACUCAUAGCAGGGAACAUCAUAAAACUCCUCAAGAAGUUAUAAAGAUGGAAAACUUUCAUCACCUGUAUGAUCUCUUAUCGCAGUUAAAAAUAUCUGUUCUUGAUCAUGAACGGAAGGAAGCUAAGCAAAAGUAUCAAGAUGCUUUGCGUGCAUAUGUUACACAGUACUUUGGCCGACCACUGGAAAAACUUAAUCUAUUCUUUGAAGGCGUACAAGCGAAAGUUGGCGCUGGCGUUAAAGAGUCAGAAGUUAGCUAUCAAAUGGCUUUUAGCAAACAAGAACUUAGACGUGUCAUAAAAGAAUAUCCUGCCCGAGAAGUAAAAAAAGGCUUGGAGAAUUUAUAUAGGAAAGUUGAGAAACAUUUGUGCGAGGAAGAAAAUUUAUUACAGGUCGUUUGGCGUGAAAUGCAAGGCGAAUUCAUUGCACAGUACAUAUAUAUAGAAGAAUUAAUUCAGAGAUGCUACCCAGAUAGUAUGGUAACACUAGAAUUCACUAUACAAGACAUAUUAGAGUUCUUCUCAGAGAUAGCUCGAUCUCAUUAAAUAAUUUACUAAUUAAAAUAGUGUAAAGUAAAUAUAUGUAUUACUAUUGAAAUAAACAUAAACAAAAUAAUGCAAUUUGUUGUUGAUAAAAAUGUACAUAUUUAACGUAUUUAAAUUUUGGUUGAAUUUGAACCAUUUUCUGGAAUAACAUACAAACUUAUUUAUUUAUGCAACAGCUGCACAUGUUUUAAUUGCAUACAGUUGUACAACAUUUUUAACAAAAAAAAAACAAGAAUGUUAGAAAUUAUGAAGAAACUGUGUUUUGUAUGAUUAUAGUUUUCACCGUCACAAAAUAUAAGAACUGAAAAUAA